AUGGACAAUUCCAACCUAUACAUGAUUACAAUAGAUAUCGUGGAAUUGUUCCCUAGCAUUCCCCAUGGAAAAGGGAUGGAAUGGUUUGGAGAAGUUAUAAGUAAGGAAUCUGGUCUAAGUAAUGAUUUAAUCAACUUAAUAGAUUUCAUGAAUUUAGUCUUAAAUAACAACUUCAUAUGCUUCAAUGAAGAGAAGCCUAUAGAAGAUGCCACCGAAGUGAUAAAUGGCCCUGAAAUCGGAAUUCAGACAAGUGAAAUAGAAAUACAGAGGAUUCAUCUGUGUGUUACUCUACAAGAAAGACUUCUCUACUAUUACAAAGCUUUGGUAUCUAUACCAGAACCUGAUGUUAAAUUAGCUAAACAACUUGCACUGAGUAUCUGUGGGGAACUGAGGGAUUUUCUUUUCAAUAAGCAUCCAGAAUUGCCUCUUGGAGAACUGUACCUUGGUGGGUCUCUGUGUGAUGAUCUUCAGGUUAUCUCACCCAGUCAUGUUAACCUGUUUGCGCCAUUGUUGCUUGAAGAAAAUCUCUGGCGAUUCAUUCCUGGAGAAAUGACAAUUCUGAAUACCCCACAGUUUUGGAUGAUUAAACGUGCUAAUCUAGAAUAUUUUCCUAAUGGUAGCAGCAGGUGGGAUAAGUGGAAAGUUGGUGGUUACUUGUCCUCAAAAGUAGUCAUUGAGACUUUCCAUAAAAUAGUAACUGGGACAAUUAAUUGGCCUGCAAUAGGCAGUAUGUUGGGUUGCGUGGUUAGACCUGUGGUGGCUGCAGGAGAGGUAACACUAGAGGUGAGACAUGACUAUUGUUAUCUCUCUCUCAAUAUUUUGCCACUAGCAAAGAUGGAAGAUAGAUUACUUCUUGCAACACCGCAUUCUACAGGGUAUAUGGAAAACAUGUGGUAUCGCAGUUUUUAUACUGCAGAAAUCUCUAGACUUAAGGAGUUGGACAGUGCAGAUGCUGGGUCCAGAGCAUGCUGCCUCAAAAUAUUUAAAAGCAUUUUUAAGCAAAACACUUCCCUGAACAAGUUAAGUGGAAGCCAUUUGGUCACUGUCCUGCUGCAGCUUAGUGAAACACAAUCUGACUGGACAGAAGAGGCACUGGCAGACAGGUUUCAGGAAGUCAUUGAGGAGCUGAUUAGCUGUUUAGAAAGAGGUGUUUUACCUUGUUAUUUCAAUAAUAAAGUGAACUUAUUUUCUGAAUUCUCUGAAGAGGAAAUUGAUGAAAUGGGGUAUACAUUGUACUGUGCUUUGUCUGAACCAGAUAUAUUGCUUCAGAAUUAAAUGUAGGAUAAUUUUAAGUAUAAAGAUUUUUCCUGGGAAUGUGGACUGGAAUAUCGUAAGGAUAUUGUAUUCCUGACAUGUACUAGUGAGAGACUGGUACAAUGAAGUGUGUGUAAUAAGUGAAAUUUAGAGUGUGGUGUUGAUGGCAUUGAAUGUUGAAAGUUUUAAUGUGUUAGCUUAGUAUUUUAAGACUUUGCUUGUAAUGUGUUUUAAAAUAACAUCCAAGUCAUAGUGAGGUCCAGUACCCCACUGUGCUUUUUCCUUUGGAAUGCUUGUUUUCUAAAAUUCCAAGGGUUAAUACUGUUGACAUUCAGUAUUUGUAGGCUGAGCAUUGUCAUAUCUGCACUUGGAGUGCAGUCUAAACUGUUGUGUCAUGGUCACGUCUUUCUUCCCACAGUUUUUGCCUUUCAUCCACUUUCUACUUUGUUUAAUGCAUUAGAGUAAUUAAAGGUUUGUGUAUGCAAGGGUAGGUGUAACUUUAUCAGCAUGCAUUUAGAGCUGGAAAAUGAAUGUUCUCUGGGGGGUUGUGCCUUUUUCAAACAGAAUGCUGCUGGAGACUAUCACUAACUGUGUGCAAGCCAUUUGGUCAGGUUUGAUGGCCAGCUUAUGACUUUGGCUAACUGUAAAUAUUGAAGCACUGUGUGGGUUUGUCUGCAGAUUUUAUAGUCCGAUCUAAAAUGUCACUGAAUUGUUCACGUAUAGUAAUCUCCUGUUCUAAGGUUUAUGCAGGUGAGUAGCCUAGAAAUGUCACUGUGUACCACUCAACCAACACUUGUUGAUUUAUAAAUUAUGAAUUGUGUAAAUGAAAUUCCCACUAGGCACACAGGUUUUUAGCUCAGCAGGUGUUUUUAAUUACAUGAUGGCAAAUCCGUGCUUUACAUGUAAAGCUGAUUUUACUGUACAUGUUGGGCCUUUUGAAUGUGAAGGAGUUAAAAUCAGAUAGUUUAAAAUGUAUACCUCAUGUGUUGUAGUGUAGCAUUUAAGUAAAUGCUUGCCCUUAUAAAGAUUUUGAAAGGGAGAGCCCUGGAAACAUUUGCAUUUUAUACAUUUUAUCUUUUAUUUUAAAGUGUACAUUUCUGGGCUUGGAGAAAAUUACUUGUUUACAAUUUGUUGCACAGUUUAACCCAUGCAGUAAAUGUUUCACUUGUGUAUUGCUGACACACUUUACAGAUUGGGGGGGGGGGGGUCUUACCCUUUCACUCUCUCUUUUGAAGUAUUUAUACUCUGUUUAAUGUAGACUUGGGCUGGUCCUUUAACUUUUCAGUUUAAAUGUUCCUUCACUAGUUUUGUGUCCAGAGCUGAUGUGUGACUAAGGGCUGUAGAGCAGUCCUGCAGUUAAAUCCUCAGUCCAGGCACAUCUGAGACUGCUGCAUUGUGUGGGAGAAUGACCCAUGAAUCCUCUCUGAAGGUGGCAGUUGUAAAAUUUAGCAGAAAAACAUUCACCAGGCACCUUGUUCCAGCAGUUUGAAGUGUCAUGUAAAGAACAAAACCAGAUGGGUUCUGCAUUAAAACUUCUGAAGGUAUUUGAGUUUAUUCACUGCAGGCCUGCUAAACAGCCAUAGUCUAGGUUUUGUAUGAUCUGUUGUAUAUACCUGUCUGUCUCCUUUUGUUUGACAUAUGCACUUUAAAGGUAUAAAACUAAAAUCUGAAUUAUGCUGAAGUGACAGUGCAGUAAUGUGUAUAGUUCAGUCAUAAAAUAUAUUUUCUAAAUGACAAGUUAGCCUGACCAUCUUCCAUCUUACGUGAGUCUGUAUAUUGUCUUGUCUGUAUAUGUGCACUUGGCUUGUCUGUAUAAAAUCGUAGCACUUCAUGUGUGCACUUGGCUUUUUUUGGUCAAUAGAAUGAGUGAUUUAAAACUGUGCGCAUUUCCUUUGACACUUGAGUAGCUUUUAUGUGCUAAGUGCAGCAGUAUUUGCGGGCCAUUAUGCCAUUUUAAAUGCAAGUUAGUACUGUGUGAAGUUUCUGACAUAUAUUUGCCAGUAUUAUCUUAUUACUUUUAAUUGCCCAUUUUUAAAUGCUGGCUCUCUGUUCCAAGGAAAAGUGACUUGUGUUUAAAGUGUAUAGCUUCUGCAGUUUGAAGAGAACACUGUGAUGCCCAUAUUUGAAAAGCUUAUAUAUUUUAACCACUGCUAUGAAAAUAAAUUUUUUUUUCAAACA